AUGGUUUCAGCAAUAUACAUUCUCCACUAUCCGACCGAUAGGGAUUCCUUUCGAGAUACCUCGAAUUUCGAAUGCUUGACGAGUCGUCGGUACCACGACGACCAUGUACCCGAUGACAAUUUCAUCUUGAGUCUGUUUUACAAGAGGUUGGAGAGACUAGACGAGGGCGACCAAUUGCCGGUUCUAUACAUAAACCGAAUGUCAUAUGUGUAUCUUCGGUGCGCCAAUGGAGUUCUUAUUUUGGCUGUGACCCCCAGUAACGACAACGUGAUGCUGAUGAUUAUGUUUUUGAGGAGCUUUGAGUUGAUUUUGAUUCACUACUUGUGCAAGAAAAAGAAACUGGACCGACCGUUUACAAAGGAGACGAUCUUGGACAACUUGAUCAUCAUAACUGAGUUGUUUGACGAGUGUAUGGAUUUUGGCAUUUUGCAAGUCACAGAUUAUAAGUUACUCGAGGAAUACAUCAAGGCUGAACCCAAUUUGCCCAAACUCGAAAUUGACAACGACUACGAAAAUUCUAGCUCGUCUCAUGACGAGGGAGAAGAAGAUGGUGAUGAUGCAAAAGUUGAUGAAGCAGAAAGGAGCCAGAAUAAUAGGAAUAGUAAUAAUAAAAAGAAGAAGAAGAAGAAUGAUAAAAAGAAGGGGGCAAUCAAAUCGACGCAUAACCAAGCAGUGAAAACAGACGUGUUGGACAAAGGUUCGCAAGUUGUCAACAGUUCUAUACUAAGGACGUACUCGCUGGCGAUACAUUGGCGACCAAAGGGAAUCUUUUACGCCAAGAAUGAAAUAUUUGUGGAUAUAAUUGAAGAUUGCGAGUUCAUCUUUGACUUGGAGACCAGCCUGAUUAAGCGGAACGAGAUUCAUGGCACAUGUGUGUUGAAGUCGUACCUCUCGGGGAUACCGAUUUGCCGGGUGGGCUUUAAUGAAGGGCGCAUGACGUCACUAAGGUAUGAUGACGAGGAUAUCAUCGAGGUCAACAACCGCAACACCAACAACAACAACAACAACAACAACCUGGAGGCGAGUGAGCCGUUGCCGGAGAACCAAAUUGCAUGUGUCGUCGAGGAAGAGGAAGAGGAAGAAGGAGAAGAAGAAGACGAAGAAGAACAUACUGGUGAUGGUAACAAGGACAAUGCAAGUGAGUAUAGCUCCGAGACGUCGUCAAUGUCAUCCCUGGCAAGGAGAGCCCAAGCGCACAAGUUCCCCAUUAGAAGCAUUCAGUUCCACCAGUGCAUAGAACUUUCCAAAAUUUAUAACGAAAACAUAAUGACUUUUAUCCCACCCGACGACAAGUUUGUCUUGAUGUCGUACAACAUUGACCAACAAAAGAACAGAAAGAAGCCGCCGCUCAUCUUGAUCAAGCCUGUGUUCAAGAUUGUCAAAAACGCGCGAGCAUUGCAAGUCAUGUGCACUCUAACGACGAAUUUCCCACGGAGGCGCCAUUGCAAGAAUUUGAUAUUGAGGAUUCCUGUGAAUCCAUUUUUAUUUGAGUUGAAUUUGGAUAUGAACUUGAAAUUCAAAGCUGAAAAAGGUGACGUUUCCUUAAAGAUUGACCGCAUGGAGGUGAUUUGGAAAAUUGAGAGUAUCGACGGAAAGCAGACAGUGAGAAUGAUGUGCGAGCUAAGUUUGCUCAACUCAGCGGCAAUCACCGAGUCCACGAUUUCCGAUUUUGUUCAUCGAAGGAUUUCGAAAGAAGAGUUGAUGAAGCGGGACCAGCACGUGGCGAAUGGUGAGUUGGAGGAUGAUCUCGCCGAGGCCAAGCACGAGCUAGAUGGAUUCUAUGGAGUCAAUGGCCACGGCAGUAGCUCGAUGAGGUCAGCGUUAAUCGAACGGAUCAAAAGAAACUUUGUUAGCGACGAUAUCGUGGCGUCGUUCAAAAUCCCCAUGUUUACCCACUCGGGUUUGAAAUUGACCUAUCUUUCCGUCGAGGAAGACCAAAUGAAGUACCCCUGUUUUCCGUGGGUUAGAUAUUUGACUGAAAGUGUCGAUAGUGAGAUGUCGGUUUCUGUUCCAGAUCGAGACCACCAUCACGUUCAUGAUUCUACUUAUAGGUUCAAGUUGGGGGUGAGUUCCUUUAUAAUCACUUAG